AUGAUGGCAGCGGCGGGAAUUCAGCCUAAUGUUCCAUUCAACAUCCUGGAUGAUGAUCACUCGGAAGAAACAGUCAACAGAUCUCCGUCUCCACACUCGCCAACUCAAGAGUCACCAGAGGAUGUCCUUAACCCCCUUGCUAUCUACCGUAUGGCCCGAACAGCUCUUCAUGACAGAGACACUCACUCCUCUCCAUCGACCUCACCGAAAACACAUAAAUCUAUCUCCUCUCCGCAUCAAGUACACAGACAAAAACAACUACCUUUCCAACAGAUGAGGGGAUUGGACAUUUCUUCACCGAUGUAUAACCAGCAAUCACAAAGUUCUUUGCAAGGAGAGGGAAAAGUUCCAGUUUUGGAUUCCUCAUGUGUGCUACCCCAGCCGAACACAGAACAUUCGGUCUUUGGGUCCAAUCAAGCGACAUCUAUACCAGAAUUAGGAAAUGAGGAUAUGUGGGAUCCUACCGACUUUGCAGUUCUGGAUAUGCUUGAUGGAGGAAUUGCUCCCUGGACAGCUGAAUAUCUCACAGAUGGGCAAUCCGGUAUAGACCCGUUUCUUUUCCCUUUUUGA